CUGAAGAACGCGAGUGAAACUAAGAGUACGAUUGGUGUGGCGCUUGUUCCUCUUUUCAGAUGCGCACAGCUCAAACUUCCUCCUACAGGUCCAGUGCGCAGCGUUCCGUCGCCCCGGCCACAUCUUCAACCCUAACCAGAAGAGAAAGAAGCGGCUUUGCACGGGGAUGGAAGCUACAUGAAAGAAAUGAGGAAUAAUCCCGCCACAGUCAGACGAAUCUAGAAGAUAACACACAUCCAGAGAAAUAAAGAGUCCGAGUGAUUGGUUGGUUGAAGAGCGAAGGCACCAUGGGCUGUGUGGGCUCAAAGAAGGAGCAGGAGCCUCUCAGCAAAGGGACGGGUAACGAUGAGCUGCAGAACCGCGCACAGACGGCCCACUAUGUCAAAGACCCCACCACAGGAAACUCAGGAAGCAAAGCUAGCAAAAUGCCAUCCAAUGCAAACGCAUCAGACGGAGAGACUAUUGCCAUGGCACUGUACGACUACGAGGCCAUUCAUGACGGAGACCUCGGCUUCAAGAAGGGAGAUAAGCUCAGAAUCUUAGAGGAAUCAGGGGAGUGGUGGAGAGCUAUGUUAAUCAGCACUGGUCAGGACGGCUACAUCCCCAGUAAUUAUGUGGCCAAAGAUACUCUGGAGGCCGAGGAGUGGUUCUUUAAGGGCGUGAGCAGGAAAGAUGCCGAGAGGCAGCUGUUGGCCCCUGGGAACAAAAUAGGAUCCUUCAUGAUCCGAGACAGUGAGACCACCAAGGGCAGCUACUCUCUGUCUGUCAGGGACAGCGACGCACAGGCCGCUGACACAGUUAAACAUUAUAAGAUCCGCACGCUGGACAAUGGAGGAUUCUACAUCUCUCCCCGCAUCACCUUCGGUACCCUGCUGGACCUGGUCAGCCAUUACAAGAAGCAGGGAGAUGGCCUCUGCCAAACCCUGACAAGCCCGUGCCUGAGCCCAAAACCUGAGAAGCCCUGGGAGAAAGAUGCCUGGGAAAUCCCAAGAUCAUCCCUCAAACUGGAAAAGAGGCUUGGUGCUGGCCAGUUUGGAGAAGUCUGGAUGGCUACGUACAAUAAGCAUACCAAGGUGGCAGUGAAGACCAUGAAGCCCGGCAGCAUGUCAGUGGAGGCCUUCAUGAUGGAGGCCAACCUGAUGAAGACGCUGCAGCACGACAAACUGGUCCGACUGAAUGCUGUUGUCAGCAAGGAGGAACCUAUCUAUAUCAUCACGGAGUACAUGGAGAAGGGUAGUUUAUUAGACUUCUUAAAGAGUGAUGAGGGCAACCGUGUCCAGCUCCCCAAGCUCAUCGACUUCUCUGCCCAGAUCGCAGAGGGCAUGGCCUACAUUGAGCAGAGGAACUACAUCCACAGAGACCUGAGAGCUGCCAACAUCCUGGUCAAUAAGGCUUUAGUGUGCAAAAUCGCCGACUUCGGCCUCGCUCGUAUCAUUGAGGACAACGAGUACACAGCCAGGGAAGGAGCCAAAUUCCCCAUCAAAUGGACAGCCCCUGAGGCCAUCAACUACGGCUCUUUCACCAUCAAAUCUGACGUCUGGUCUUUCGGCAUCUUACUGACUGAGAUUAUCAGCUAUGGACGCACACCAUACCCAGGGAUGACCAACCCAGAAGUGAUACGUUCCCUGGAAAAGGGCUACCGAAUGCAGCGCCUGGACAGCUGUCCCACCGAACUCUAUGAAAUCAUGCUGGAGUGUUGGAAGAACAAGCCUGAGGACCGUCCCACCUUUGAAUACCUGCAGAGCGUCCUGGAGGAUUUCUACACAGCCACAGAGAGCCAGUACCAGCAGCAGCCCUGAGACUGAACAUGUUUUCUGUUACAAUAUUCAUACUUUACAGCCAGUCCAGUUUCUACAUGCAGCAGUGCAGUUCAGAGAGUCUAAAUUGCACUGCUACGGUCUCUCUUUCUCCUUCACAUUCACACACACAUAAUAUAUACUAACAAGGGACUGUACAAAAAUUACUGGGGAGGGUUGAAACGUCUGUUAUUUUAAUGAAGCUAGGCCCUGCCUAACAUUUUGAAUAUUUUCAUUGGGCCCCCCUUCCUUUGAAUUAGAACUUUUUGGAGUAGAGACCAUAUUACAGAGACAGUAGAGAGCAAAAUAUAAAUACAAUAUACAUAUCAAAUAUUAUUAUUGAUAUUAUUAAUAUUUUGACAACACAAUCCUACCUCAUACUUCGGUCAGGGGCACAGCACAAUAGAUACUGUAAGAUGAUGUUUGGUCAUCGGCUAAUAUGGCCACAGCUACAUUAUCCUCACAAAACCGACCAUUAAUCAUUUGGCAUUCUUGUAAAUCAGUAGUGAUUAGUUAAGACAGAUAUAUGUGUUUGUUACUUAUGUAGUUUCAAAUAUAAAAAGUGACCCACAAAAUAAUGCUUAACAUAAUUUAUUUUUUACUUUUGCUGCACUCAGUUUUGUUUUACUACUGAUUGCACACAUAAUGUGGAUCACUGUAUUGUGAGAUAAAGCUGCACAUCAUUAUGCACAGAAAACAUGUGGCCUGACAUUUAGUACACAUGCUCUAUCUAGAUAUAAUUGUGGGUAACAGGUCAUUUGCAUUACUGAGCUUUGCAGAUGAGAGGUGGGUUGUAAAACGGGACUCGUGCAGGACUCUUCUCUAGACGUAUAAGUGAAAAUAACAAAUGUGCUUGGAUAAGCCCUGCCAGUGCACAGGCACAACUGAGAUACAGUACUUUUCCAAGGGAAGGCUGAAAUAAAACCGAUUUUGUGGAAAAAAGCAGGUCCCACUCUGCCGUAUAAUAUUCGAACUACUUAUUCCUGAAGAAAAAACAAAAGCCAAUUAGCUCUCCCAUUUUUCUGCUCUCACCCGCUGUAUAAUUUUUGUACAGUCCCUAACACUCCAACACCUUUGAAGGUAUGGCUACAUAACAUUUACAGUAUGUAUGAGGCCAAAGUGUCCAGUAUAUGUUAUUGUAAAAGUAUGACUUUCUCACACACAAAAUAUUAUAUUACUCAGUACAAAGAUACGUGGCCAUAUUCACAAACAGACAACUGACGGCCUGAAAGAAGUGACAGUCAAAGGAUUUUUAGCUGUUAAGCUCCAGCACACAAUUUGCAUCCAUCAAAAGGAAGGUAUAACCACAACACACAUGUUCACAGUGAAAUAUCUGCAGUGCUCAGCUCCAAUAAUACUGUGUUGAUAUCAAAGGUUUGGCAAACAAAACUGUUAAAUGUACAGUGUUGUACAUUGUAAAGGGAGAGUGGGUACUGUGGAUGAUACAAAGUGCAAGACUAUUUAUGUUCUAUUGAUAUUUUUCCAUUUUACUGUGGGUUGUUUCAGCAUUACUCCUCUAUAGUGCCUUUUGCAGUGGUUGUUCCAUUUUCAGACUAAACAUUUAUAUAUUCCAUGUGGUCUGAUAAACAUAAAAGCAUAUAAAUGCAAGUAUUUAGGAAUAGUGUCUUUAAUGUGGAGCCACAUUAACGAAUAAUGCUUGUUGAUUAUUUUGAUCCAUUAUAUAUUAGGUUAAAUGUUAAUAUAUACAAGGGGUGUAAUGAUUCAUCAAAUCCAGUUUGGUUCAGACCUUGUCUUCUUUUUUUUCUGGGGGGGGGUUCCCUACACUACUGACUUUAAUGUGCCCAGGGGUGUGCAGUCUCAGGGUUAUUGUCCAUCUUGAGCUAAUUAAACUAACCUUUACCGCAGGCAUGGUCACUUGAUCAUGAUUAGAUCAAAAGUCACAUGACAUGCAGUUGGAUGACAAUGAAAUAGGUGUAAUGUGUAAUAUUAAUAUAAGAGCAAAUUAUACAACUAUAGUCAGUUUAAAUAGAAUAAUAAUUUCAUGCUUUGCAUGAAAUAACUUGUAGUUAAUUGUGAAAUCAGAAACAGUUUUUGAUAAAUUACUAAUGUAAUAAGACUUCAAGUUGUACCUGCAGCAGUGGGGGUGGGGUGGGUUGCUGGAUGUCUAUAUCACGGUCUCAGUCCCAGAAUCAUUACACCCCUAAUACAUACAUCUCACAUCUUUUUGCCUUCUUUUCUCUGUUUGGAAAAUUUAUUUUAUUUAUUUGUGCAAACAGUACUGUUCUGAGCAUCAUUCUACCUUGAAUGUAAUGAGUUUUGAAAACGAAAAGCUUUUUCUAUCCUUCUUUUUCUUUGUCCUUUGAGGUGACUUUUUUUUUUCAUUAUUAUUCAUUUAGGGAGAAGUGUGAGCAACAAUAUGUGAAAGAAUUUUGCGUUGACACAUUAUUGACACAUUAUUGAAUCAAUUCCUAGCAUUGGACACUUAUAGGUGUGUUUUUCCUCAUCCAUAUAAAUCCCUUUGCAUAAUGUAUUAGACGCUUGGAUCAAUGCAACUGUGAUGGAAAUUUUCUAAUAAAUUGUUUUACAAGCAA